GGCAGACAAACAGUAGGUCCGUUUGUCCGGACGGGAGGGGCGGGUGGGCGCCAUCUUCCUCUAGGUUCGCUACAGCCUCUGGCGGUGCAGCAACGAGGAGCGCCCCAGCCCCCGGCUUGGUGUCCGAGCAGCGCCUCCAUGUGGUGGUGUGUGUGCACUUCCCCGUGAUCUUGACAGUGAAGAGCCCGAAGGAUUUCCUAGGUAUUGUUUUUCUUUGCUAUGUCAUCGUAGUCCGUGUCUGCAGGAGGCCCGGAUCGUUAGGCUUCAGAAGGGCGAAAUCGAUUCAGUUAGAUCCGGGGCCAGCUGACGGUCUGGAGAGUCAGGGUGCAGUGUUUGCCCUUGGGACGGCGCAACAGAGAGGCAGGAGGUUGGGCGGUUCUGGUUAAUCGGAAGGCUGAUUUUGGCCGAAGGUCUGGCGACAGCAUCGGAUCCCACGUAGCAACUUCGGCCUGGCGCAAAAGAAAGAAGCUGUGACCCCUGGGAGUGGACAAAGGCUUUGGGCUGUAGAAUCGAUGCCUUCGGAUGAUUCCCGUUUGACGAUGAUGGAUGUGAACGGAAAUCCUGUGCCGUGUGGAUUCAUCUUCAUUUUGCCUUUGAUUUUUGUUUUAACCAUCUGUGUUCUAACGGGUAGAUCAUCAGAAUAAUUUUGGACUGUGGUAGGUUAUUUUUUGCAGGGGCAGUUCACACUUAGAAUUUGAACCUGCUUCAUCAUAACUUUGGGUUUCAAGACGUAGAAUCGCAGUUUCUGGCAAAUAACUUUACCAGCUAAGUCCAACGAAUCUGAGAUAACUUAAAAUCAGACUUUCUCCCUUGUUUUCCUCUCAGUCUUGAUUAGAAGAUGCACAGUUCGUAUUGUUUAGUUAGAACGGUGAUUAUGUGGGCGGUGAUCACUGGAUAGAGACCCCACAGUGAAUUUAAAUGUGCAUACCUUUAGCUGAGUUUUUAGGGAUCCAUUUCGUUUUUUUAAUAGUUCUAAAAGGCCACUGUGUUCUUAAACCUACACAGCGUGAAAAAAAUAGAUUCAUAAAUAGAAAAAAUUUAAGGAGAGGGAUUUGCUUUUGUAUGUUGUGUGUUUUCAGUGCAAUGUAGUGUGUUCAAAGAAUCUUAAUUUCUGGAGGAUUUGCUUGAGGAAACAGCAUAUUGCAACUGUAGAAGUACCUACUCAGUUUGAAAGUUAAGCUAUUCUGGAUGUGAUUGUAGAGGGUGAUGCAUUACCAUCAAAGGGCAAGAAGUUUAUGCAUUAAUUGUAUUUACCUUUUUAAAUUGCUUAACUUUGAAUUCAUGAGAUUUUUGCUCUUGAUAACUUAGUUUUUGUUAGGAUAUGUUUCUAGAGGUUUUUUUUUUUUUUUUAAUUUGACAUAAUUAACUAUUCCUUGAAACAUUUCUCCAUUUUGCUUUGCUUGUAGAUUAGCUUAUGUUCUCAGGGUAAAUACCUUUUAAGUAAGUUUAUAACAAAGUGCCAUUUCUCUUUAAUGCUGCUUAGAUAUUUUAAAGGUGAAAAACAUAGGACUCUUGGAAUUUUAAAAUGUACAAGUAUUCCAGGAGCCAGUUGUAGUUUUUGUUGAUGUGUUAGGUGUGGGUAUUGAUUCAUGUAAAAAUUAGGCUUAAACAGUGUUUUUUUUUUUUUUUGGUAGUGUGCAGGAUAUUUUGGAUGUCGGAUGUGCCAAGUAAUUUUUUGAUGCUCUUGCUGGCUUAGCUUUUAGUUGAAUCAACGGACUCUUUCUAAGGAAAACAAACUUUCAAGCCUCGAGGAGUAUGUCUUCAGACCCCACUUUGUAGAACAGUGGUACUUAGGUGUAAGUGGUGAACAAAAGCUCAUUUAUUUGUACACUAAAAACAUACUAAUUAUUUUGACAGAUUUUGUUUGGUAAGACUUCCUUAAAUAUUGUUUGUUUGGGUAUCCAUGAAAGUAUUUAGAUGCAAAUUUCCUUAAAAAAUACUAAAUUGAGGUUUUCAGUACUUAAUAUUGAUAAUCCCAAUAUUCCAUAUUGAUAAAUUUUAACUUUUUACUUCUCUGCAUUGUUAUUUGGGUUUCUUCAGUUGAGUGCAACAUAGUUGUUUGAAGUGAAAUAGACUUUGGGCAUCAUAAGAGUCUUGGCAUUAUAAGUCUAUCUUGGUAUUCUGUGUUUUGCUUGAGAUGAAUUAUUGUUUUGAGAGUAUCAGAUAAAUAGUGGUGUUGAGAUUUGAGUUUUGGGGAAUUGUAGUGUUUGGUUUAAUUGUACUAGAGACAUGAAAUUCGAUUCUGUGUUGGGAAUAUUGAGAAUUUAAAAUUGAAUUCAAAUGGUAGUCACUGGCUUGGAUUUACUGCUUUAAAGAUUGGAAUUUUUAGAUACUGGAAUUGCAAAACUAGAUAUUUUGUCAUGUCAUUUUGAAUGGUUGCUUUAUUAAUUUGAUGUGGUCUUAUAUUUUGAAAGGGAAAAACCUGGCAAGAGUUGGGUGUAAAUACGAAGUAGCUGUAUGUAUUUUCAUGGAGGGAAGUGAUGGAAGGUCUUUUUUUUUUAAACUCGAUGUUUUUAAAUUGGUAUUUAGUCAUGGAACUAUUUUUUUUUGGAACUUUUUUAAAGAGGGUAUAAAACUUCAAUACAUACACAAAAUGCAUAGACCUUAAGAGAAUUCAGUGAGCUUUGAUAAAUUUAUGCUCAUUUUAUGCAUUCUACCACUGCACUCAGAGUACAUUUUCCCAUGCCUUUCUUCAUACUACUACCAAUAAGGGAGUAGUAUCAUUUCAGCACUUGUGAAAUUUAUUAAUACUUUGCAGAUGUCCUGUUGGAUUUUGUACUUUCUUGUAGAAGGAUAAUGAAUUUCCCUUUGGAACAAAGAAGAGUGUUUUAUAAUGCCCGUAAUUGUGGCUCUUAUUGCUUCAUUUUUGAUAGGUAAUUCUGAAAGGUAAUUCUGAAAUGAAUAUCCUAAUCGAGUAUUGAGAUAAUUAUAGGGUUCAAAGAUUAAUUAUAUUUCAUUUUCUUUCCACAGUUAAGUUGCUUUUACAGAAUUAACAGGUCUCCAAGAAAUAAAAAGAAAAGGUCAUUAUUGCUGUGGUUUGAGCUCAGCAUGGCUGUAGUCAUCCGUUUACUGGGGCUUCCUUUUAUUGCGGGGCCUGUGGAUAUUCGUCACUUCUUCACGGGAUUGACUAUUCCUGAUGGAGGAGUGCAUAUAAUUGGAGGGGAUAUUGGGGAGGCUUUUAUUAUUUUUGCAACAGAUGAAGAUGCAAGACGUGCCAUAUGUCGCUCAGGAGGGUUUAUCAAGGAUUCAUCGGUGGAGCUUUUUCUUAGUAGCAAGGCAGAAAUGCAGAAGACUAUCGAAAUGAAAAGAACUGAUCGCAUAGAAAGAGGGCGACCUGGAUCUGGGGCAUCAGGGGUUGGCAACUUAUCUAAUUAUAUUGAGGCCAUGAAAGAAGAUGAAAAUAAUUCUGGAUAUGGCUCUUCAAUUAACCAAGAUGCUGGGUUUCAUACUAAUGGUACAGGACUUGAUGAUUUAAGGCCGAGAAAGACAAGGCCGUCGAAGGCCGAGAAUCCUUAUUUAUUUCUACGAGGUUUGCCUUACUUAGUAAAUGAAGAUGAUGUACGUGUCUUUUUUUCGGGUUUGUGUGUGGAUGGAGUAAUUUUCUUAAAACAUCAUGAUGGCCGAAAUAAUGGUGAUGCCAUAGUAAAAUUUGCUUCAUGUAUUGAUGCUUCAGGAGGUCUUAAAUGCCAUAGAAGUUUUAUGGGUUCAAGAUUUAUAGAAGUAAUGCAGGGCUCAGAACGACAGUGGAUUGAGUUUGGUGGAGAUGCAAUUGAAAAGGGUGAAAUUCCUAUGAGAACUGAAGGACAUUCUCCUCCAAGAGGAGUUAAUGACAGACAUUUUCGAAAACGGUCUCAUUCAAAGUCUCCUAGAAGAACACGUUCUCGUUCCCCUGUUGGAUUUUAUGUUCACUUAAAAAAUCUGUCCCUAAAUGUUAGCAAAAGAGAUUUAAGAAAUUUCUUUAGAGAUAUUGAUCUGACUAAUGAACAGAUUAGGUUUUUAUAUAAAGAUGAAAAAAGAACAAGGUAUGCCUUUGUGACUUUCAAGACUCAGAAAGACUAUAAAACAGCUUUAGGUUUCCAUAAGACUAUUUUACAACAUCGUCCAGUUCAUGUUGAUCCGGUUUCUAAAAAACAGAUGCUGAAGUUCAUUGAAAGUUAUGAAAAGAAGAGACCGGGGUCCAUAGAGAAAGAGAGAUCUGGACAUGUUUCACAAAAAUACUCCCAAGAAGGCUACUCUGGCCAGAAGCUGUGCAUAUAUAUAAGAAAUUUUCCAUUUGAUGUUACAAAAGUUGAAGUACAAAAAUUCUUUGCAGACUUUUCUCUUGCUGAGGAUGACAUUUACCUACUUUAUGAUGACAAAGGAGUUGGUCUGGGAGAAGCAUUGGUCAAGUUUAAAUCAGAAGAACAGGCCACGAAAGCUGAACGUUUAAACCGACGGAGAUUCUUAGGCACAGAGGUAUUAUUAAGACUUAUAUCUGAAGCACAGAUGCAGGAAUUUGGUGUAAAUUUCCCCUUGAUGUCUACUGAGAAAAUGCAAGCCCGUUCUCAGUCACAUGAUAGAGAUGACCAUUCCCAUUUAUUUGACUCAAAAGACCUAUCAGUUUACUCAGUUGGCUCUUCCGAAGACCUCAGAUACCAGAUAGAGGAUUUGAGGCAACAGAAUAACUUCAAGCAUCCCCAGGGAUAUUUCCGACAGCCGGAUAGACGCCCUCCAGAAGACUUCAGGCACUCUCCAGAGGACUUCAGGUUCCCUCCGGAGGACUUCAGGCGAUCACCGGAGAACUUUAGGCACCCUCGGGAGAAGCACUUCAGAAGGCCUUCUGAGGAAGACUUCAGGCGCCCUCGGGAGGAAGACUGGAGACGACCUCUUGAUGACUGGAGGUGGCCACUGGAGGAGGAUUUCAGGCAGCCCCCUGAGGAGGACUUCAGGAGGUCCCUUGAGGGAGAUUUCAGACGGCCACCAGAGGAGGAGUUUAGGCGACCUUGGAAGGAGGACUUCAGGGGCCCUCCAGAUGAUGACUUCAGGCACCCUCGGGAGGAGGACUUCAGGAAGCCCCCCCAGGAGGAUUUCAGGCAUUCACCUGAAGAGGACUUCAGGCGGUCACCCCUGGAGCAUUUAAAACGGCCACCCCAGGAGCACUUCCGGAGACCACCUUCGGAACAUUUCAGGAGGCCACCUCCUGAGCACUUCCGGCAGCCACCCCCGGAGCACUUCCGGCGGCCACCCCCGGAACACUUCCGGCGUCCACCCCAGGAGCAUUUCCGGCGACCACCCCAGGAGCAUUUCCGGCGUUCCCGAGAGGAUGAUUUCAGGAAUAUGCCAGAUGAUGACUUCCGGGGCCCCCCGGAUGAAGACUUUAGGCACCCUCCUGAUGAGGACUUCAGGAGCCCCCAGGAAGAAGAUUUUAGAUGCCCUUCUGAUGAGGACUUCAGGCAGCUCCCUGAGGAAGACCUCAGAGAAGUUCCAGAGGAGGACCUUAGACUUCCUGACAAUUUCCGACCUUCUGGUGAGGAUUUUAGGAGCCCACCUGGGGAUUUUAGGAGUCAUCGCCCUUUUGUGAAUUUUGGUCGCCCUGACGGUGGCAAGUUUGAUUUUGGAAAGCGUAAUAUGGGAGGUUUUCCUGAAGGUAGAUUUAUGCCUGAUCCCAAAUUAAAUUGUGGUUCAGGUAGAGUAACUCCUGUUAAGAUAAUGAAUCUUCCAUUUAAAGCAAAUGUAAAUGAAAUUUUAGACUUCUUCCAUGGAUAUAGAAUCAUACCUGAUUCAGUUUCAAUACAAUAUAAUGAGCAAGGUUUACCGACAGGAGAAGCCAUUGUUGCUAUGAUCAACUAUAAUGAAGCUAUGGCUGCUAUUAAAGAUCUUAAUGAUAGGCCAGUUGGUCCCCGGAAGGUUAAGCUAAUUUUGCUUUAGAAAGCAUUUCUAAGUUCAGUUACUAUCCCACAGUAUUGAUGCAGUAAAAUGCAUUUUUAAAAAGUGUUAUUUUGAAACAUUUUGAUUUUGACCUGUGAAUAGAAAAACUGUAAAUAGAAUGUGAAUUUGACUUUUGCUUGCAAAUUACCAUUCAUUUUUUUUUUUUUUCCUAAUUUAAAAUUACAUAUGCUGUAUUUUUCUUUGUUAGGACAGCAGGAACUAAUUCCCUGAGUUCCUCAAUUUUUGUUGCUGUUACGUGUAAACCUCAAAGUUUGUAUUUAGGGAAGAUACAUUUUAUAUUCAUUUUUUUUCCUGUGGUCAAUGCCUUUUACACAAACUGUAUAAGGAAAUGGUCAGUGGCUGAUUGUUAGGUUUGGCAUUUUCAUUGCUACCUGCCUGCAGAAUUAAUGCCCUCUUGUCUGAGAUAUUACUGUGUUAAGAUCACCUGUUAAUUAUAGUCCAUUUAGUUUCCAUGUUUAUAACCUGGCAAAAUUCUAUAAAAAUAAAAAUUGCAACUGAAUAGACUAA